AUGUCUUCAGAGCCAGACCACGUUCAUUCCAAGCAGAGGGUCAACCUUAGUGAUCCCUCGGGUGCCGAAAAGAAAGAUGAGCUGGAUACUGCCACAGCCAUUCUCAAGAAGAAGAAGAAGCCGAACUCGUUAAUUGUGACCGACGCAGUGAACGAUGAUAACUCGAUUAUUGCCCUGUCUAACAACACCAUGGAGACCCUGCAGUUGUUCCGCGGUGACACAGUUUUGGUCAAGGGAAAGAAGCGAAAGGACACAGUUUUGAUCGUCUUGGCCGAUGAUGAUCUUGAUGAUGGCAGCGCUCGCAUCAACCGUGUGGUUCGACACAAUCUACGCGUGAAGCACGGCGACAUCAUCACUGUCCACCCGUGCCCAGAUAUCAAAUACGCCAAACGCAUCGCAGUUCUUCCCAUUGCCGAUACCGUUGAGGGUCUGACAGGCUCUCUGUUUGACGUUUUCCUUGCACCUUACUUCCGUGAGGCAUACCGCCCAGUCCGACAGGGUGACCUUUUCACAGUCCGCGGAGGUAUGAGACAAGUGGAAUUUAAAGUGGUUGAGGUCGAUCCUCCAGAAUAUGGUAUCGUUGCUCAGGAUACAGUUAUCCACUGCGAAGGCGAACCUAUUCAACGUGAAGAUGAAGAGGGUAAUCUCAACGAAGUUGGCUACGAUGACAUUGGUGGUUGCCGGAAACAAAUGGCACAGGUCCGAGAGCUCGUGGAAUUGCCUCUCCGUCAUCCUCAAUUGUUCAAAUCGAUCGGUAUUAAGCCCCCACGUGGAAUUCUCAUGUAUGGCCCCCCGGGUACCGGUAAAACCUUGAUGGCCCGUGCUGUCGCCAACGAGACUGGUGCUUUCUUCUUCCUUAUCAAUGGUCCCGAAAUCAUGUCUAAGAUGGCCGGUGAGUCCGAGUCCAACUUGCGCAAGGCCUUUGAGGAAGCCGAAAAGAACUCGCCUGCCAUCAUCUUCAUUGAUGAGAUCGACUCCAUCGCUCCAAAGCGUGAGAAGACGAAUGGAGAGGUUGAACGUCGUGUUGUCUCGCAACUUUUGACCCUCAUGGACGGUAUGAAAGCACGGUCCAACAUUGUGGUCAUGGCUGCUACGAACCGCCCGAACUCUAUUGAUCCUGCUUUGCGUCGUUUUGGCCGUUUCGAUCGCGAAGUCGAUAUCGGUAUUCCCGACCCUACUGGUCGCCUUGAGAUUCUUCAGAUUCACACAAAGAACAUGAAGCUCGGCGAAGAUGUCGAUCUGGAGGCUAUCGCUGCUGAUACCCAUGGAUAUGUGGGUUCCGACAUUGCCUCUCUCUGCUCAGAGGCUGCUAUGCAGCAGAUUCGUGAGAAGAUGGACCUCAUUGAUCUCGAUGAGGAUACCAUUGAUGCUGAAGUCUUGGACUCCCUCGGCGUUACCAUGGAGAACUUCCGGUUUGCUCUGGGUGUUUCCAACCCAUCUGCUCUCCGCGAAGUUGCCGUUGUGGAGGUACCAAACGUUCGCUGGGAAGAUAUUGGUGGUCUGGAAGAGGUCAAGAAAGAGCUUAUUGAGAGCGUGCAAUACCCAGUUGAGCAUCCCGAAAAGUUCCUUAAGUUUGGUCUCUCGCCUUCACGUGGUGUGCUCUUCUACGGGCCUCCUGGUACCGGUAAAACGAUGCUUGCUAAAGCCGUCGCCAACGAGUGCGCUGCAAACUUCAUCUCCGUCAAGGGCCCUGAGCUAUUGAGUAUGUGGUUCGGAGAAUCCGAGAGCAAUAUCCGUGACAUCUUCGACAAGGCUCGCGCCGCUGCUCCUUGCGUUGUCUUCUUGGAUGAGUUGGAUUCCAUUGCCAAGGCACGUGGUGGUUCCGUUGGAGAUGCUGGUGGUGCGUCUGACCGUGUGGUCAACCAGCUUCUGACCGAGAUGGACGGAAUGACUUCCAAGAAGAAUGUCUUCGUCAUUGGCGCUACAAAUCGACCUGAACAGCUCGACCCUGCCUUAUGUCGACCGGGUCGUCUAGACACUUUGGUCUACGUUCCUCUUCCAGACCAAGCUUCCCGAGAGGGUAUUCUCAAAGCUCAACUUCGCAAGACUCCUGUUGCUCCCGAUGUCGACCUUGCUUUCAUUGCAACCAAGACACAUGGCUUCUCUGGUGCCGAUCUUGGAUUCGUCACCCAGCGUGCUGUGAAGCUUGCCAUCAAAGAGUCCAUUGCUGCUGAUAUCGAGCGUCGGAAGGAACGGGAGGCUGCUGGCGAGGAUGUUGAGAUGGAGGAAGCCGAGGAAGUUGAAGACCCAGUUCCCGAACUUACCCGUGCCCACUUCGAGGAGGCAAUGGCCUCUGCACGACGAUCCGUCAGCGAUGUUGAAAUUCGUCGAUACGAAGCAUUUGCUCAGAGCAUGAAGAACUCUGGUGGCAGUGCUUUCUUCCGCUUCCCAACCGCCGAGGAGGUUACCAGUGGAGGUGGUGCACAGAAUGGUUUCGGUGAUGCAGGCAACGAUGACAGUCUGUAUGACUAA